AUGGUCCUGCGACCUCAUCAAUCUCAUGCCCGUAGAGGAAGCUCUCGUGGCAGCCAUCGCGGUAACCGUCGCAGCAAUCGCGGCAGAAGUCGUGACGGCAAUCGCGGCAGAAAUCGUGGCAACAAUCGCGGCGGAAAUCACAGCGGCAUGAGAGAAUAUCCCAGUGGACGUGUCGCCCAGCAUGGUAGCAGUGGACAUCAGCAAAUCGCCGCCGGCCAGCAACCCGUCACCAUCACCCAGCAAGCUAGACAAACCACCUCCCAAACUGCCGGCAACGAGAAUCCAGCCCCCGCCAAAGGCACUGCUGCUACCAGCCCAAUUCGCAUCAAGAACCACCCGCGUGGCACGUCCCUGACCGAGGGUGUGGCCUUCAAAAACAAGAAGUUCAUGGAUGCUGUCCUGGGAAAGAAGUGCCGGAAGCUGAAGAAGGGGCCGAAGGAGGGGAGGAUGCAGUUGGUGUGGGGAAGGGAGUAG